GGUACAUCAACCUCCAAGAAAGGGAGAAGUCUAAAGGCAGCAUCCUCCCCAGCAAGUUUUGGUUUAGGCGUUUGUCCAUCUUAUGUCCGCUCUGGAAGUGGUGCCUGUGAAGAAUGACGUCAAGAGGUGCUGGGACUACUUUCUCGAGGAAGAACUACAGGCUGAGCACCGAGCCAGAGAAGUCCAAGGUCACAGGGAUUGUGAACAGCAGGCUGCUGAAUGAUUAUCUGCAUCGCGUCUUUACCAAUGCUGAUGGGAACCAGCCUGCAGCUGCUUACAGAAAGCACCUGACGUUCCAGAACCUGCAGGAGCACCUUGAUCGAUUGCUAGCAGAGGAGAAUGGCUCCGAAGACAGUCGAGAUCAGGUAGUAGAGGGCCGGCUUGGUCCGUCUACUGUGGUGCUGGACCACACGAGCGGUUUUGAGGGACUCCUGCUGGUUGAUGAUGACUUACUUGGGGUGAUUGGCCACAGUAACUUUGGCUCCAUCAGGGCCACAACAUGUGUGUAUAAAGGGAAGUGGAUUUACGAGGUGCUCAUCUCCUCCCAAGGACUCAUGCAGAUUGGCUGGUGUACUCUCAACUGUAGAUUUAAUCAGGAGGAAGGAGUUGGAGAUACGCCAGAUUCAUAUGCGUAUGAUGGAAACAGAGUGCGCAAGUGGAAUGUGACUACUACCAACUAUGGCAAAUCUUGGGCAGCAGGAGACAUCGUCAGCUGUCUGAUAGACCUUGAGGAGGGCACCAUUGCUUUCUGCUUGAACGGCAUAUCUCUGGGAACUGCUUUUGAUAACAUCACAAGGGGCGCUGGAAUGGCUUACUUCCCUGCCAUCAGCCUCUCAUUCAAGGAGUCCGUUGCUUUUAACUUCGGAAGCCGCCCACUCCGUUAUCCAGUGGAAGGUUACCGCCCCUUGCAAGAUGCUCCAGUUGCAGACCUAGUGAAGGCUCGAAAGCUGUUAGGCUACUUGAAGAAUGUAAUCCAUAUCGGAAUAGAUGUGACGGAGGGGAAGCUGGUGGAGAAGGACACGUCCAUGUGGCAGCUGCAGGGAGAACCCACAGUGUUGAUUACAUUAGCCCAUAUUUUCAACUAUUUCUCCCCUCUUAUGUGCAAGGUGUACCUGGUGGAAGAUGUGCUCAUGACCUUCCUGUUGAGCAUCCUUGAGCGAGGAGGGGCAGUGGAGGCCCAUCCCCUUAUUCAGCAGCUGCUGGAUCUGAUGUGGCUUCUUAUGGAGGAGUAUGAAGUGCAUGAGUGCCUCAAGCAGCUAUUGAUGUCCCUGCUGCGGGCUUACAGGUUUUCCCCCAUCAUCCCAGACCUAGGAUUACAAAUUCACUACCUCCGGCUCACCAUUGCAGUCUUGAAGCAUGAGAAAUCCAGGAAAUACUUGCUCAGCAAUGUUCUCUUCGAUGUGCUCCGUUCGGUUGUGUUCUUCUACAUUAAAAGCCCACUGCGUGUAGAGGAGGCUGGUUUGCAGGAGCUCAUUCCCACCACGUGGUGGCCAAACCGCUUCACCAAGGAGGGCAAGGAGAGUAAGGAGGCGAAGGAGGAGAGUGCUGAGGAGAGACUGAGGCGGCGGGCAUAUGAAAGAGGCUGCCAGCGGCUCAAGAAACGCAUUGAAGUGGUGGAAGGUCUUCAGGUUCAGAUUCUGAAGCUGCUGCUGAACAACAAGGACAGAGGAGGGGGGGAAGCCUCCAGAUACAUAUUCCUAAACAAAUUCCGCAAGUUUCUUCAGGAAAAUGCUAGCAACAGAGGGAACUUGACUGUGUUGUGCCCGCCGGAGUACAUGGUAUGCUUCCUGCACCGGCUUAUCGCUGCCCUGCGUUUCUUCUGGGAUGGCCACAAGGCAAAGACCCCUGCUGCAUUGAGCAGUGAAGAGGCAUAUGUCCCUCCUCAACUCUUCUAUAAUGGGAAGGUGGAUUAUUUUGACCUUCAGCGACUUGGAGGUCUCCUGUCUCAUCUAAAGAAGACUCUGAAAGAUGACCUGGCUGCAAAAGCCAAUGUCCUGAUUGACCCUGCGGAGCUGCAGGCAGUGACUAUGGAUGAUCUGGAUGAAGAUGAGGAAUCAGCAACAUCGGCAGCACAGUCUCAGCGUCCCUCUGCUGCCCUGGCCAUUGGUGGAGCUCUUGCCAGACCUGGCUGGCUCAGCUCCCCCACCCUGGGCCGUGCCAACCGCUUCCUCAGCACGGCGGCUGUCAGCCUGAUGAACCCACGGCGGCCUCUUGGCACCCUGGAGAAGAUCAAAGUGCGCACGCUAAGUGUGGAGCAGCGGACAGAGGAGGACAUUGAAGGCAGCCAUGGAAAUGAGGGUCUCUUACUGGGCAGACCCCCAGAGGAGCCGGAACAGCCUAUCACAGAGAACUCCCUCCUGGAAGUCCUGGAUGGGAUAGUGAUGAUGUACAACCUCAGUGUCCACCAGCAGCUUGGGAAGAUGGUUGGUGUAUCGGAUGAUGUGAAUGAAUAUGCCAUGGCACUGAAAGACACAGAGGAAAAAAUCAGCCGCUGCCCAAAGAGGAGGAGAGACAUCCACGAGGAGCUGCUGAAGAGCCAAAAGGUCUUCUCUGAGAAGCUCAAUCACCUAAGCCGACGCCUCGCUUGGAUAAACGUCACCAUUUAUUCAAAGGAGAAGAUGCAGGAUGUGUAUUGGCUGUUGCGAGUGUGCAUCCGCACCAUCGAGCAUGGCGACAGGACGGGCUCACUUUUCGCAUUCAUGCCAGAGUUCUACCUCAGCGUGGCUAUGAACAGCUACAGCGCACUCAAGAACUACUUCAGCCCUGUAAACAGCAUGGAGGAACUUCCAGGCUACGAAGAGACCCUGAUGCGCCUCGCUGCCAUCCUGGCCAAGCAUUUUGCUGACUCAAGGAUUGUGGGCACGGACAUCCGUGACUCCCUGAUGCAGGCGUUGGCCAGCUACGUCUGCUACCCCCACUCACUGCGUGCUGUAGAGAGGAUCCCAGAAGACCAGCGGAUCUCCAUGAUGAAAAACCUCCUGGCUCCCUAUGAGCAGCGACCCUGGGCACAGACCAACUGGAUCCUUGUCAGGCUGUGGCGGGGCUGUGGCUUUGGGUACAGAUACACACGGCUUCCACACCUGCUGAAAACCAAGCCUGAGGAUGCCAGCCUCCCCAGCCUGCAGAAGCCAUGUCCCUCCACCUUGCUGCAGCGGCACAUGGCAGACCUGCUCCGCAGCGACCGCGACCUGGCCCCCAGCUUCCUCAAUAGCGUCCUUAACCAGCUGAACUGGGCUUUCUCCGAGUUCAUUGGCAUGAUUCAGGAGAUCCAACAGGCAGCAGAGCGCUUGGAGAGGAACUUCGUGGACAGCCGCCAGCUGAAAGUGUGCGCGACCUGCUUUGACCUCUCAGUAAGCUUGCUCAGGGUGCUGGAAAUGACUGUUACGCUGGCACCAGAGAUCUUUCUCGACUGGAAUCGCCCGUCAUCAGAGCUGCUCCUUCGGAGGCUUGCCCAGCUCUUGAACCAGGUGCUGAACCGUGUGACAGCUGAAAGGAACUUGUUUGACAGAGUGGUCAACCUCCGUCUGCCAGGGCUGGAGAGUGUGGACCAUUACCCAAUCCUUGUGGCUGUGACAGGGAUACUGGUCCGGCUGCUUGUGGACACUGAUGUUCAGGGGGCCGAGCGUGCAACGGCGGUGCUGCUGGCAGACCCCUGCUUCCAGCUGCGCUCCAUCCAGUACCUGCUGGGCCACGCCGAGCCCUCAGCCCUGGCAGCUGCCGCCCCGGCCACAGACAAGCGCCAUUUCUCUCUGCACACCUACACCGAGUACAUCAGUGCAGAGGAGCUGGCAAAGGUGGACAAGAUGCUGAACCACCUGAGUGAGGAGUCCAAACAGGCAGCUGCCACCACUCUGCCCACCAGCGAGGAAGACCUGUGCCCCAUCUGCUAUGCACAUCCCAUCUCGGCCAUCUUCAGACCCUGCUCCCACAAAUCGUGCAAAGCCUGCAUCAACCAGCACCUGAUGAACAACAAGGACUGCUUCUUCUGCAAGGCCACCAUCACGGGGGUGGACGACUUCACCAAGCCAGCCAGCUCGUAG